GUUUGCUCCAGUAGAAAUUCAACGGUGGCGGACUGUCUAUGUUCGUGAUCUGCUCAUACCGAUUUAGUAACAUUUAGCAUUUAUAAUAGCCGAAAUGAUUUCCACUUGGAUACUUCGUCUCCGUCAAACAAUUCAACAUGCAGAUCAACUAUUGCCUAGGUUGCUAGGUUUUCCCGGGAGCCAUUUCCCACCGCCGGGAGUGUUGGCUGUCGUUGGAGUGGAGGGAAGCAAUCUUCCAGCUUCCAAUACACCCAAGAAUCCGUUCAGUUUGAGAGAUUUGAUCGGCGAUGGUAUUUUAUGGGCCGUUCCGAAACAUCGGCGCACAAUCGAGAAACGGCUGAAGCGCAAAUAUGGCACUCCCGAAUACAAAUCGAAAAUAUUCCUCCCGAAGACGCACCUGCGGGUUUGCAGUUCUUGUGGAAGUGAUUAUGAAGUUGGAGUUCUGUGUCCAACAUGCUAUAAGAAAGUACGCGACGAAACGGAACAAAUUCAGGACAAAAUACAGGCCAAACUGGGACUGAAUCCGGUCGAUAAAGAAGUAGUUGUGCUAUAUGACCGCGAGAAGGACGAACAUUCGGAAGAGUUUUGGCAAGGGAAACGUAUCGUUGAGAUGGAGAAGAGUCGACCGGUUUGGUUCAGCAAAAAUUUGCUCCAGCGAAGCACCCAGCAACCCGCCGAGACGGCUGAAUUGAAACCGGAAUCGGAGAAAUUAGGUUAGGUGUGAUGGGAAGGUGAAAUAAAGGUAGAAAUAAAAGAAUAAACAGGCUAUACAUUUUA